AUGGGUCUUUUUGUUCAACUCUUCGCCUUUGAUGUUAUUGGAGAAGUGACCUUCUCGAAACGAUUUGGUUUCAUGGACACGGGCAGUGAUAAUGGUUUCUUUGCCCAGGUUAAAAAUGUGUUGCGCAGCGGCGCAUGGUUGAGACAGAUUCCCGCGCUUUACUGGACACAUGACUUCCUGUCCCCCAUCAUUGGCAAUCACUUUAGUGUCACAGCCCGUCAUGGCCGACUAAGGGACUUUGCAUCACAAGCGAUUGAGGAUCGGAAAACACAUGGUAGCGAUCACCAAGACAUCCUAGCCAAGUUGUUGGAAGUACAGAAACAGCGACCGAACGAGAUGAACGACGCCAAUGUCCUCUCAAUGGCAACCACCAACAUCUCUGCCGGCUCAGACACCACUGCUAUUUCAACAAGAUCAGUCAUCUUCCAUCUACUCAAGAACCCGGAAUGCAAGAGGGAGCUGGUAGAAGACAUUGACACGCAGACGAAAGAGGUGAAGUUGACGAAGCCUAUCACUCUCGAGCAGACUAACCACAUGCCCUACCUACAAGCUUGUCUGUAUGAGGGUCUCCGCCUGCAUCCUGCAGUUGGGAUGAGCCUUCCGCGAGUCACUCCACGGGGCGGAGUUGAGAUUGAUGGUCACUUCAUCCCAGAGGGCACAGUCAUUGAGGCCAACCCAUGGGUCGUGUGUCGAAACACUGAGAUCUUUGGAGAUGAUGUCGAGGCUUUUCGACCAAAGCGAUGGCUGAAGACAGGUGACAGAGCUGACAUGGAGAGGGUUUUCUUUGCGUUUGGUCAAGGGGCACGCGGCUGUCUUGGUCGGAAUAUCAGCUGGAUGGAGACGUCGAAGCUGAUCCCGACCCUUUUUCUCCACCUUGAAGUCGAGCUCACCGACCCCAAAGCUGAAUUGAAAGAGCUUUGUUGGUGGUUUGUGAAGCAAGAAGGUUUGUUUGUAACGUUACGACCGAGGUCAAAGGUCCAUUAG